CAGCACACUCGAGGCCUCCUCAUUGCUCAAAGAUGGGAUGAACACUUCCGACUACUGUAUGUUGACAGAAACAGGCGUCGGCGUCGGCCUGCCACGCCGAAUUCUUUCUUGGGACAUGCAUUGCAACCCCAACCUCUCCUCACCCCACAUUCUACCAUCAUUCCGGGGACUGGAGAUGCAUAUAUAGCAUCUAUCGGAUCUGCAAAAUCUCCCUGAUCAGAAUCUGGGGAAUCUAUUUCCUCGAAAGACUUUCUGCACGAGGAAAGCAACCCAGUCUUUAAGAUGGCAGCGAGCGAGACUCGGUCAGAACAACCCAAAAUGCCGACUCAAAGAUAUGUUGAAGAUGUCGAGAAUGUAUCUAAAGAGGUUGUGGACGAAACGACUGUCGAUACCCAUGAAUGGACCGCAGCAGACAGGUCUCUCGUGUGGAAACAAGACCUGCGUAUCGUUCCACUCUGUGCAGCUAUCUAUCUGCUUUGCUAUCUUGAUCGGUCAAACAUUGGAAAUGCUAAGACACUCAAUGCCAAUACUCACGACGAUUUGCUAUCAGAUACACAUAUGACAAGUUAUCAAUAUACAAUUGCUCUCAUGGUUUUCUUGAUCGCAUAUGCUAUUUUCGAAGUCCCAUCCAACUACUUCCUCAAGAAACUUAGCCCUAGCACCUGGAUUUCAUUCCUGAUGUUCUGUUGGGGCGCGAUCACGAUCGGUCUUGGUGGCGCUCACAGGUUUGCAAGUGUCACUGUUGUUCGUUUCCUGCUCGGUGUCUUCGAAGCAGGACUCUUCCCAGGUCUUGUGUACUACCUAACCUUCUGGUAUCGAACUGAGGAGAGAUCAAUCCGUGUUGCCUGUAUCCUUGCAUCUGCCACACUUGCGGGUGCAUUUGGUGGAGCUUUGGCUUUCGCCAUUGGACACAUGAACCAGACCAACGGCCUCUCCGCGUGGAGGUGGCUCUUCAUCAUCGAGGGCAUCCCAUCGUGCCUUUCGUCCAUCCUUGUGUUCUUCUUUCUCCCAGAUUGGCCCGAGACAGCAAAAUGGUUGACUACCGAAGAGAAAGCGCUUGCGGCUGCUCGCUUGAGAGUGGAUGGUUCUCACGGCCACGGAGAAAGCUUAACUUGGGUUCAAGCCAAAGACACGCUGACGGACUGGCGACUAUAUGCUCAUUAUACUGUAUACUUCGGCAUCUCAACUCCGUUCUCCUCGCUAUCACUCUUCACACCCAGCAUCACAGCAGGUCUUGGAUACAAGAACCUCGAAGCACAGCUUAUGACUGUUCCCCCUUAUGCGGUAGCAUAUGUCGUGACCCUCGCAGUCGCGUUCUCCGCAGAUCACUUCAACGCGCGUGCUCUCCACUCCGCAAUCUUCGCCACAAUCGGCGCCAUAGGCUUCAUGGCUUCAGCUCUCCUGCCUGCAGAUUCUUACACCGCCCGCUACGGCUGUCUCAUUGUCGCCGCAUCUGGAGCAUUUUCCUGUAUUCCACCACUUCUAGGUUGGCUCUCCUGCAACGUCUUUAGCACAGGCGCCGUCGGUCUAGCUAUCGCACUAAAUGUGUCAGUUGGAGCACCGGGCCAGAUUGCAGGUGUCUGGAUCUAUAAAGCUGACCAGGCGAAGAAGGGAUAUCUGACUGGACAUUGGGUGAAUGCGGGGUUGUUGUUCUUCGUGGCUGCGGGGUGUUUGGGUUUAUUGAUAUACUACCGUAUGCUGAACAGAGCAAUUUUGAGAGGUGGUGGGGCAGGAGAAGUGAGGAGAUUAUAUAAGUAUUGAUGUAGAAUGAUACAUUACU